UGUGGGAUCUUAUCCUCAUCUUUGCAAAGCACUUUCCCGACUUUCUUUUCUCUUAAUUUACUGAAAGCUUUUUUUAGUUGAAAUGGAGAUUCUUCCACAGCGAUCAUCAUUAUCCUCAACUCUGAAUCCCAACGCUCCAUUGUUCAUUCCAUUAGCAUAUCGGAUGGUCAAGGAUUUCUCUGAUCAAUGGUGGGCUCUCGUCCAAUCAUCCCCUUGCUUCCGCGACUACUGGCUUCAAGAACGCUUCCACGAUCCCGAAAACGACGACGUUUCUGACGACGACGAUGAUCCUCUCUUCCCCGACGACCUCGAUGACAUAUUUGAGCAAUACGACGACGUUUUACUCGACCCAAGACCGGAGGAAAAGGAAAAGAAAUUGGUACCGUUUGGGACAUCGAAGUGGCGGAAGGACCGAGUUGUGACUGAGUCACCGAGGUUUAUCGAAAAAGCACCCAAGAUUGUGAAUGUUAAAGUGAGUCCAAGGACUAUUCACCAACCAAGGUAAAUCAACUCGUACUGAGUUGACAUGGGAGGUCUCAUUUUAAGCUUUUUAACUUCUUUUCUCUUAUUGAUUUGUAAUAUAUUAGGUACAGAGAUCUCUCUUCCUUUAGAUCCCAGUCUGUGAACUUUUUAAAUUUCGCAAUAAAUGAAAAUUAACUUCACCCAAAAAAAAAUAA